CGAUAAUUCCGCGGGUGAGUCAGUUUUUGCGGGAUUAGAAAAAAGCGUGGUGCUCGGUCGGGAGUGCGGAGGAUUUAAGCCUGCGGGUCUGCACCCGUGUGAGGAAGAUUCGGGGCUUUUGCUCCGCAUCCAGACGGAGAAGAGAAGCGGCGAUCGUGGCACAGAUGGCCACUCCAUCAUCGCCGGCUUAGGAGCAAGUACAUCGACAGCAACACAUCUCAGGUGGCGAUGGAAAUCCCGUGCUAAGUUGCCGUCAGAAUAAGUGGAGCGUCGGCCAGGGCAAUCAACAACUCCUGUAACCACAUCCGGCACGGCAAUGUCGUGCGUCGCCAUUGGGUGCGAUGACAACCACACCUCCAGCUGCUUGGGAGAUGCUGCACCAGCAGCAGAGCAACAACAACUCCAGCAACAACAUCCGGCACUGCCAUGUGGUGCCUCGCCAUCGGUACAACACCAGCCACACCUCCGGCUGCUUGGGAAGUUCUGCUCCAGCAGCAGAACAACAACAACACCAGCAGCAGAAGUCAACUACGAGGCAGACAGUGGGACCAUGCACCGGACCAAGAACCCGGUACCGAAUCGAGCCAAGUUCUCUUUUCCUUUUUGUCCAGUCGUGGUCGCCGUCGGUGUGCAAAAGUCGAUUGGUUUUUGAAAGGUGAAAUAUUUUAUAAAAAUUCAGGGAACCUUGCAGA